ACAUCGGCGGCAUUGGCAACGACCCCUCGUCCGUCCACGAGCCGCGCCGCCUCACCAUGGGGCGUAAGAAGCCGUCAGCGACGGCGGCGGCGGCGUCGCCGCGCGCGGCCGCCGUGCGCAAGUCACCGCUGCGAGCCGCCCUGAAGCGGUCGCCGGUCAACAAGCUGCUGGCGGCGCGGCAGGCCGGCCAGGCGCCCGCGCGCGGCCGCAAGGGCGCCGCCGCGCCGCCGCCGGCCUCGCCGCCAUCGACCGAGGAGCGCGACCGCUUUAAGACGGCCAGCCUGCUACUCUCGAUGAAGGAGAAGGCGAGCGCGUCGCUGUGGCCGCCCGAGUCGGCGACGGCGGCGCCGGCCGGCGAGGGCGCCCACCUCUCAUCGGCCGACUACCAGCCGGGCCUGAGCGAGCUGGUGCCGCAGCGGCGCGCCGCCUCGCCGACGCGCGGCCCAGCCGGCGAGGACCUGCUCGACCUCGACCAGCAGGCGUUCGGCUCGCCGGCCGGCCGGCCGUCGGACGGCGCCGCCACCGACCUCACCGUGGCCGAGCUGCUGCACCCCGGCGGGCGCGGCCCGGCCGCCGGCAAGGCGCCCGCCAAGCGGCACGAGUGCCCCAUGUGCGAGAAAGGUGAUGGGCUCGCGCAGCGACCUGGUCAAGCACGUGCGCAUCCACACGGGCGAGAAGCCCUACCAGUGCUGCUACUGCCCGGCGCGUUUCACGCAGCUGGGCAGCCUGCGCGCGCACGAGACCCGCCACACGGGCAUCAAGCCGUUCAAGUGCGACAUCUGCUCGCGCGCCUUCAGCAUCAAGGAGCGGCUCAAGGUGCACAACCGCAUCCACACGGGCGAGAAGCCGUUCCACUGCGACCUCUGUGAGAAGGCGUUCGCGCGCGGCAGCCAGCUGAUACAGCACAAGCGCACGCACACGGGCGACAAGCCCUACACCUGCUCCUACUGCGGCAUGAAGUUCGCCUUCGCCACCAACCUCAAGCUGCACGAGAAGAAGCACUCGGGCAUCAAGGACUUCGAGUGUCCGCGCUGCUACAAGGGCUUCGUGCGCCAGGACGCGCUCAAGAAGCACAUCCAGUCGUACCACGAGAACGAGCGGCCGAUGCGCUGUCCGAUCUGCGACAAGAGCUUCAAGGGCCACCUGGGCACGCACCUGCGCGUGCACACGCAGGAGAAGCCGUACGUGUGUGCCGUGUGCGACUCGGCCUUCGCCCAGAACUCGCAGCUGACGGUGCACAUGCGCGUGCACACAGGCGUCAAGCCAUACGUCUGUCAGGUGUGUCCGCAGAAGUUCGCCCACUCCACCGCCCUGAAGGUGCACCUGCGCCAACACACGGGCGAGAAGCCCUACCGGUGUCCGCUCUGCAACCACUUCUUCAACCAGCUGCCGCAUCUCAAGAAGCACCUGCGCAGCAUCCACAAGCGCGAGGAGCCGUACAUGUGCGGCGCCUGCAGGGAGUUCUUCAAGACCAAGGCGGAGCGAGAGCGGCACGUGGAGACGGACCACCCGGAGUACCAGGCGAGCGGCGGCGGCGGCGGCCCCGAGUUCGGCAAGGUGGACAGCUACCGCACCGAGAUCCUGGAGCCGGAGACGCUGCCCGAGAUCAUCACGCGGGGCGGCAUGGCCGUGUCCAAGCUGCGCGGCUACCUGGCCAUCCUGAUGAAGAAGAUCAGCACCAGCGCCCGUUUGCUCAAGUUCGGCUUUGGCCGGCGGCUCAUCGACGACGUGCUCAAGGACUCGCUGGAGACAGGCGGCAAGACGCCGUUCCGCGAGGGCGCCAACGAGGUGGAGAUCCUGCGCGCCAACGUGCAGCUGCUGCUCGACUGGACCAUCCCGCGAGACUACAUGGAGCAGUACCGCAAGGAGCGCAAGACCGUCGAGGAGAUUCUGGAGGAGCUGGCUUCGUAGGCUAACGACAGGGCUCCGCUGCUGCCGCUGCCGCUGCCGCAGAACCUCGCCGCUGUCGCCGCUGCACGUCUUGAGGGACGGUACGGCU